GUCGUGCGCACAGAAACCCUCAAAAUCAGCCCAAUGUAAAAAAAUAAAAUAAAAUCACCAUUCUUGUCAUUUAAAGAACGAAAAUAAAAAAGAAAAAGAAAAAAGAAAAAAGAAAAUAAAAAGAUAGCAAAGAAGAGAAAAAGAAAGGGCAGCAGAGGAUAAGAUUCGAAGAACAUAUAUCUACAGCGAUUAAUUUUCCUUCACUUUCCGGGAAAGUCUUAUUUUCCAGGAAAACCUAAUAUAUGCUGGGAACAAGGAGGCUAUAGAGAUAGAUAGAUAGAUCGAUCGAAUUGAGAUGUACAACUCGACGGCGAGCAGGAGCGUUCUGGCGUCGCGGACGAGCUCGCGGUCGGUGACGGAGACGGUGAACGGGUCGCACAAGUUCGUUAUAAAGGGUUACUCUUUGGCGAAGGGGAUCGGAGUUGGGAAGCACAUAGCGAGCGAGACUUUCUCGGUGGGAGGGUACCAGUGGGCGAUAUACUUCUACCCUGACGGCAAGAACCCUGAGGAUAACUCUGCUUACGUCUCCGUCUUCAUCGCUCUCGCUUCCGAAGGCACCGAUGUUCGUGCUCUCUUCGAACUCACCUUGCUCGACCAAAGCGGAAAUGGCAAGCACAAGGUUCAUAGCCACUUCGAUCGCUCCCUCGAGAGCGGACCCUACACUCUCAAGUACAGAGGCAGCAUGUGGGGGUAUAAACGUUUUUUCAAACGAGCUCAACUCGAGGCAUCAACUUUCCUUAAGGAUGACUGCUUGAAGAUAAACUGCACUGUUGGCGUUGUGGUGUCAUCCAUUGAUUGUUCUAAACUAAACAAAAUACAGGUUCCCGAUUCUGAUAUUGGAGCACAUUUUGGCAUGCUAUUAGAGAAUGAGGAAGGAUCUGAUGUUACUUUCUUUGUCGAUGGAGAAAGGUUUCAUGCGCAUAAGCUUGUUUUAGCUGCACGGUCAACCGCAUUUGAAACUGAGUUUUUCAAUGGGCUGGAAGAAGAUGAACAUGACAUAAUUGUUACUGACAUGGAACCUAAGGUUUUCAAGGCUUUGCUUCAUUUUAUUUAUAGAGACUCUCUUAUAGAAGAUGAAGAGCUCUUUAUGUCACGUUCAUCAUUCUUGCCUUCAGUAUCUGAAACAUUUGCAGCAAAAUUGUUAGCUGCUGCAGAAAAGUAUGGUUUGCCAAGACUUAAACUGAUGUGCGAGUCUGUACUUUGCAAAGACAUAUCUAUAGAUUCUGUUGCCUAUAUUCUGGCUCUUGCUGAUCGUUAUCAUGCUACAGAACUGAAGUCCAUCUGUCUACAAUUUUCUGCUGAAAACCUUGUCGCUGUGAUGCAAUCUGAUGGCUUUGAGUAUCUUAAGGAAAACUGUCCUUUGCUGCAAUCAGAACUGCUAAAGACAGUGGCAGGAUGCGAAGAGGAAUUUAGUGGAGAAGGAAAAUGUCGAAGUGUGUGGGCCCAAUUUUCUGAUGGUGGUGACACGAAUGAUAGGAGUGUAAGACAACAAACCUGGGAAAAUGGAGUAGAAAGAAGUCAAAGCUUAUGGGUUCAACUUUCUGAUGGGGUUAACAACAAUGAUCGGAGUCCAGGGCAAGAAGCUUGAUGAGGUAAGUUACCAUCAUCUGUCCGUUAGGCUUCAAUUGUAACUUAAACACUAUUGCAGGAACAAGAAUAACCCCAUGUGUGGACAGACAAGGGGGGAGGAAUGCAUAACAAUGUAAAGAAAGGAGGCUGAGACACUGCCACCAUUGUAACAUGUUCUAUCAAUGAUAUGUUUUUCUUUUACUGAUAAUAUGAUUACGAGGAUCAAGUGGUAGCAAUAAGUAAUAACAUUGAUCAUUGUAUGGAAGAUUGUUGGGAACAUUGUCAUGAAGAACUGGUCUUGCUUUACUUGAUGGUUGCCUUUCAUGAAGAGAAUAUAUUUUCAGCUAUAAAAAUUUAAUAAAGUAGUCAAUGAGCUGUGCUUUAUGAUACUUGUCUUGUUUCUUCAAAGUCCGAGUUCAGUUCAGAAAUGAUGA